CCUCCAGCGCUGGGGCCGGCGACGCGCCACGCCUGGCGCCCCCAGGGCGGAACCCUUUCGUGCACGAGCUGCGGCUGAGCGCCCUGCAGAAGGCCCAGGUGGCCUUCAUGACACUGACACUGUUUCCCAUCCGGCUCCUGUUUGCUGCCUUCAUGAUGCUGCUGGCCUGGCCCUUUGCACUCGUGGCCUCCCUGGGACCUCCUGAAAAGGAGCCAGAGCAGCCCCUAGCCUUGUGGAGGAAGGUUGUGGACUUCCUACUCAAGGCCAUCAUGCGCACCAUGUGGUUUGCAGGUGGCUUCCACCGUGUUGCUGUGAAGGGGCGACAGGCCCUGCCCGCCGAGGCUGCCAUCCUCACGCUGGCACCACACUCCUCCUACUUCGAUGCCAUUCCUGUCACCAUGACCAUGUCCUCCAUCGUGAUGAAGGCGGAGAGCAGAGAUAUCCCAAUCUGGGGAACUCUGAUAAGGUACAUCCGGCCAGUGUUUGUGUCACGGUCUGACCAGGACUCUCGCAGGAAGACAGUGGAGGAGAUCAAGCGAAGGGCUCAGUCGGAUGGAAAGUGGCCUCAGAUAAUGAUUUUUCCAGAAGGAACGUGCACAAACAGGACCUGCCUCAUUACCUUCAAACCUGGUGCGUUCAUCCCUGGAGUUCCUGUCCAGCCCGUGGUGCUUCGAUACCCAAACAAAUUGGAUACCAUCACGUGGACGUGGCAAGGACCCGGAGCGUUGAAAAUCCUGUGGCUCACUCUGUGCCAGUUUCAGAACCAAGUGGAAAUCGAGUUCCUGCCUGUGUACAGCCCUUCUGAGGAGGAAAAGAGGAACCCUGCCCUAUAUGCCAGCAACGUGCGGCACGUCAUGGCCAGGGCCCUGGGUGUCUCAGUAACCGACUACACGUUUGAGGACUGCCAGCUGGCGCUGGCGGAAGGACAGCUCCACUUGCCCGCCGACACCUGCCUGCUAGAGUUUGCCAGGCUCGUGCGGGCCCUCGGACUGAAACCAGAACAACUUGAAAAAGAUUUAGACAAAUACUCAGAGAGUGCGAGGAUGAAGGGAGGGGAGAAGAUCCACCUCCCAGAGUUCGCAUCGUACCUGGAAAUCCCUGUGUCUGACACACUGGAGGACAUGUUCUCGCUAUUCGAUGAGAGCGGUAGUGGCGAGAUAGACCUGCGUGAAUAUGUGGUCGCAUUGUCUGUGGUGUGCAGGCCAUCCCAGACCCUGGCCACCAUCCAGCUGGCAUUCAAGAUGUAUGGGUCGCUAGAGGACGGCAGCAUAGAUGAAGCCAACCUGUCCUGCAUCCUCAAGACAGCACUCGGGGUGGCAGAACUAACUGUGACUGACUUGUUCGAGGCCAUCGACCAAGAGGGGAAAGGGAGAAUCACAUUCACUGACUUCUGUGGGUUUGCAGAAAUGCACCCUGACUUCGCAGAGGACUAUCUAUAUCCUGAUCAGACACAUUUCGACAGCUGUACACAACCCCCCCCAGCGCCAACCCCCAACGGUUUCUGUACUGACUUCAGCCCUGAAAACUCAGACUUUGGGAGGAAGAAUUUUUGUAAGAAAGUGGACUAGAAUGGAAAAUUCCAGAGGGACAAGGCCCCUCCUGCAUCACUACCUGCCUCAGUGGCCUGGAGCCCAUUUGCGUGUUACAAGUGCAGUUUGCGUUUCCCUGUCCUCCCGUGCUCUCUCUGUAUCUUCAGGCCUGAGGUCCAGGAGACUUGGGUGUGUCUGUUGUUUUCUGUGACGUCUCAGGGCCCAGCUGGGUGUUUGCAGGAAAGCUGUAUGUGUAUCCCACCUGCCCAUUGCUGGCAGGCGGGCAGGUGGGUGCUCAGGGCCUCCCUGUGGGGCAGGACUCCACAGGCUGGGUGGGCACUGGCACGGUUGUGUGCUCACCCAGAGUUGCUGGUCUUGAAUUUAUGUUGGUCUUUGCCCUGUGUCCAUCCGCAGGACGAGCACAGGGUGAGGCUACUGUACACGUGACACCCACCCCUACUGCAGAACAGUCACCUCGUCUUGAUCCAGCGCCUCUGUGCCCUCUGGCUCACAGCAUGGCAGGGCAUCAUCUGGUUUUAAGUGUCUCUGUGUGUGUUCAGGAGCUCAUGACUAUUUUAUAAACUUCACUUAGGUACUUUGGAAAACAUUCAACCUUUUUUUAAAAAGAGAAAAUUGGUUUUCUACUUCAUUUUUCCUGUUAACAUCAGGAUAUUUAUUUACGGGCCUGUCUUUGAUAGAUUCUGAGGCUGUCUGGGAUGGCCGCAGUUUCAAGGGCCUUUCUGCCCUGCCAUUUGGGCCCAUGGGGUGUUUGGCUACAAAGACUGGCCCCAGGACCCUUUUCUGCUCUCUUUAAGCCUUUCUAAACCCAUCUUUUUUAUAGACAUUGCCAGUUUGGUAUUUCAGUUUCAGUAUAACGAGACCUACUUCAUUUAGCUUCAGUCCAAGCAUUGAACACGGGUGAAGCGGAUUGGGCAGAGGGAGAGCACUGCAGGGCGUGCACUGGCCUUUGUGCUGUUACCCUGGGUCUCUGAGCAGACUGUCCAACACCUACAGCCUCUUCCUCUUGGUGACUUAGGCAGAACAGCCACCCUCUGAGCACAGCCAGCCAUCCCCUAUGGAAGGUCUCAGGAGUGGAGGGUAACAGCCACAUGGGACAGGCCUCCCAAGGUCAGAAAAGGAAGAGCAGAGUCCAGGCUGUCACCUGUGACAUCACCUGGUUUCACCUUUUUUAAUGACAGAAGCCCAUCCUUAAAGCACAAUGGGGACUGUAGGUUUAGUUUUUUCCUUGGCAUCUGGGUUUCUUUGGAGUUUCAUUUUUUUACUUCUAAGCUAAAUUAGAUUUUACAUUCGAGACAUUGCUGUAGAAGAUAACCACCAAGCCGGGAAGUGCAGGAACACGUUUACUAACUUUCUCAGAGUCAUAGUGUGUGUUCUCCCCGAAGACACAUGCAAAAACAAAACCCUCAACCUCAGUCACCCAGCACCACACUGCCGCGGGACAGGCGGGCACAGGCAGCAGGGAGGUUUCUGGGUUUGUUAGACGUGGAAGAGAUGUGAAAGCGACCUCGGUAGCUGACGGGUUGGUUUGUAUAACUGUAGAGUCUAUACCUGUUUUCAGAAGAGAAAAGCUGCCAGAAAGCCAGUGAAGGAGGCCCCGGAACUAAGAUGUCCGAGCGUGGUCUGCCGGUGACGGGUUCCUGUGGAAUGCCCUUGGGCUUGUUGAGAUCCCUGAGAGCAGACCUGAGAUGGGGCGGAUGUUCCUUCCUCCUGAUUUCUCUCCCCUUGCUAGUGACCUCAGUCCGCACCUCAGAACUGUGAAUGUACAUAGCGGGCAGGGACGGCACCCACCCCUCCCGUGGGAUCCUUUGGGGUGCGGUCUUUAGGUUUUCAGUGGAAUAAAUACGACGUAAAGUCUUA